UUGCGCACAUGCUUCCACGUAAGUGACAGACACUGGAGAACAUAACCUCUUCAACAAUCUACGAGUGAUUGUCCGUUAUUGCUCAUUGUUAAUGCUCUGUUAAAUAUAUACUUGGAAAUUUGAUUAAACGGUAAAAAUGGUAUCUGUAUUGAAUACAGUCGACACUGGUCACGAGGACAUGAUCCACGACGCGGAGAUGGAUUAUUAUGGUUUGAGGUUAGCAACUUGUUCCAGUGACAAUUCGGUAAAAAUUUUUGAUCUAAAAAACGGAUCGCAAAGUUUAGUCGCCGAUCUUAAAGGUCACGUUGGACCUGUGUGGCAAGUUGCCUGGGCGCAUCCGAAAUUUGGAAAUCUCUUAGCAUCCUGCAGUUACGAUCGGAAAGUAAUUAUUUGGAAGGAGCUGGGAGAAUGGACUAAGAUUUUUGAACAUAGUGGUCAUGAUUCCUCUGUUAACUCAGUAGCUUGGGCAUCACACGAGUUUGGACUGAUCCUUGCAUGCGGUAGUUCUGAUGGUUCAUUGUCUAUUCUUACUAAUAAUGGCGAUACAUGGGAUACUCAAAAAAUUACAAAUGCUCAUACCAUUGGAUGCAAUGCUGUGAGUUGGUGUCCUGCUAUUGAACCCAGUUUUGAUGCAACUGGAACUCAAAGGAAUGGACCUGUAAAAAGAUUAGCUACAGGAGGAUGCGAUAAUUUAGUCAAAAUUUGGAAAGAAGAAGGUGACAGGUGGAUUGAAGAAGAUAAGCUAGAAGCACAUAGUGAUUGGGUAAGAGACGUAGCAUGGGCACCUGCUGUUGGACCUUCAAAGGCUGCCCUGGCUUCUUGUUCACAAGAUCGUCGUGUAAUCGUAUGGACAUCGAACGAUUAUUCCAGUUGGACACCAACUAUCCUGAAUGUCUUUGAUGACGUUAUUUGGAACGUCAGCUGGUCGUUAACUGGAGGUAUUCUAGCAGUUAGUGGCGGAGAUAAUAAAGUAUCCCUUUGGCGCGAAAACACAGAAGGGCAAUGGACUUGCAUUUCUGAGACAAAUAAAGGCCAAGGGAACCUAAACAAUACCGAUCAGCGUGCACUAUAAUAUCGGAGAAUACAUUUUUAGGAUAAUAUUUUGUACCACCCAG